AUGGAUCCGACUAACGUUGUGGAGAAACUGAGGAAAGACUUCGAUGAGCUGAUAGCAUCCAAAAAGUGGCAAGAGCGGAAGGAAGCCGUGGAUGGCAUGAUAUCGAUAAUGGAAAGCGCACCACGUGUGGAGAUGUCACCUGAACUGCUGUUAGUUAUGGGGACACUCGCUAAGGUAUUGGAGAAAGAUGUCAACAUAAAUGUAAGCAGUAGUUGUGCAAAGGUGUUAGCAAAGCUGGCUGUAAGCAUGCGAACAGAUUUUGCUCCAAUGGUUCCAAAAGUCAUGCCGGUAGCGUUUGAUAAGUUGAAAGAGAAAAAAGCAGUGUUACGAAAUGAACUGGUUGAGUUGUGCGAUGCGGCUGCGACUACGACUUCUCUCGAGAACUAUACAGAAGCGGUUUGUGGUGGGCUAACCAAGCCAAAUCCACAGUCACGUGCUCAAACAGCGUUAUUCGUCGCUCGACUGCUUUCACGGCAUGAUUCCACCACAGUCCCCGUUCCUGCUAUCAAACAGAUUACUCCAGAUCUUGUCAAGUGCUCUUCCGAUGCCGAUGCGGAAGUGCGGGAGUCUACAUUCCGAGCAAUGGGUGCUAUCUUACGAUGUCUUGGCGAACAAGCAGCACGAAGGUUGUUUGGUGAACUUUCAGAGGAUAAAAUAAAGAUGGGCAAGAUCACUGAGAAUUUCGAGAAAAUUCGGGAAGAAUUUGGCGAUAAAGCUGCUCCAGAAAUCAUUCGAUUGCAUGGGGCAGAAGCUAAACCAAAGUGCUCUUCCGAUGCCGAUGCGGAAGUGCGGGAGUCUACAUUCCGAGCAAUGGGUGCUAUCUUACGAUGUCUUGGCGAACAAGCAGCACGAAGGUUGUUUGGUGAACUUUCAGAGGAUAAAAUAAAGAUGGGCAAGAUUACUGAGAAUUUCGAGAAAAUUCGGGAAGAAUUUGGCGAUAAAGCUGCUCCAGAAAUCAUUCGAUUGCAUGGGGCAGAAGCUAAACCAAAGCCUUCGCAAGCAUCAACUGCGUCAACGAGAGUGUCUUCGGCCUCAGCGGCAACACGGGGAGUAUCGCCUGCUCCUCGUCUUCCUACUCGCCCAGCUAGUUCAGCUUCUCGACCGUCGGCAGCUGUAUCGAGAACAACGAAUCGGGCAGCUACACAAUCAACAGUAGCCCCGACCAAUAGAGUGCCAUCGAGGCCAGCAACUGCUCCAAAAAGGCCAAAUGUAGUUACAGCGACGACGGCUGUGCGUCAGAGUACUCCUGUACGUGCCCCGCUCAGCACUCGUCCUACUCAAUCGUCGACACCAAGACCGUUUUCUGCCGCCACAAAACCGAGUGCAGCUUACCCAGCUCCUUCUGCUCGAGCACCUGUAAGACCGGUUUUUGCGCCGAAUGUUGUCCGUGCAUCGACGAAUUCUAGCAAGCCGGCUUCAACUGGGCCUGUCAAAGUAAUUAGCAAUUCCACAAGUGCUGAUGCGCCGAACACCAAGAGGUUAUCCGAAGUUCAGCUGAAGGUCACAACUGGUUUACCGCGAUCGAACUCAGGUUUACGACCUCCUACAGCAAUACUGCGUACGAAUGGUACUGGCAUUCCAAGACUUUCACGUCCAUCUUCGCCAGCUAAAUGA